GCCACAGUUGCUUAAAUACCCAGACACCACCUCCACGACCAUCGCCCAUCCUCUCAAGCGUCACACGGUUCCAAUUAAAGCACAUAAACCGUGCGCCGCCACCGCCGGAACGUGUGUCGGCAGACAGGAGAGCCACGCACGUGCACACGCACAUGCACGUGCACACAUCACAUCACAUCCCAUCACAGCGCCGCCACAGUCAAGUGGGGUCGCGCGGAAUGGCUUGAAAUGAAACAAGACGGAUUCUUUUUUCGGAGAGGCUGAUGAAGGAUGAAUUAGUGAGUGUCCGACUGCCGGCGCGUCUUUUGCUGCAAUGCUGUCUUCGCAGGUGUGUGUUGGUGCGUGCACGGCGUUAUUUCUCUUGCGAACUGGAGCGAGAGUCUGAUGUCACACGUGCUUCGUCGGAGGAGACGGGGCAUCUGCAAGCUGGAUUCGGUGGAGGAUGCUGCGGCAAGUGAUACACAGAGGGCUCAAGGCUUCCUUCUACUGGUUAGGCUUAUUCGUUAGCAGACACCCCGUUUUCUUUCUCACCGUGCCCGCGGUUCUCACCAUCAUUUUCGGAUCUACGGUGCUGAGCCGAUUCAAGCCUGAGACGGACCUCGAGUUGCUGGUGGCCCCGACGCACAGCCUGGCAAAGAUUGAACGAAGUCUGGCCAACAGCCUGUUUCACAUCGACCAGUCCAAGCACAAGCUGUAUUCGGAUUUGCACACCCCGGGCAGAUAUGGCAGGCUGAUCCUGUCGGCCAAGUCCGGGGGGAACAUCCUGGAGGUGGCCGAUCAGGUGCUGCGAGUUCACAAGCAGGUGUUGGAUUUGCGGGUCAAUUACAAAGGAUUCAACUAUACGUUCGCGCACCUCUGCGUGUUGAGCCACAGAGACAAGCGCUGCCUCCUGGAUGAUAUCGUCACCAUCUUCGAAGACAUCCGACAGGCGGUGCUUUCCAACAGCACUUUCCACAAGGUGCCCGUCAGCUACCCCAACACGACGUUAAAGGAUGGUCGAGUAUCCUUCAUUGGUCAUCAGCUGGGAGGCGUGUCCUUCUCGCCCAACAGCCGGGACCAACAGGUUAAGUUUGCCCGUGCUGUCCAGAUCACCUACUACCUCCGCAACAAAGGACCUGUGGUUCAGGAUGCCAUUGCAGAGCGCUGGGAGAAUGAGUUCUGUGCCCUGGUCAGUCGGCUAUCUACUGCCGAAACACCUCAUGGACCAGACCAACUCCACAUCCACUCCCUCACUUCCUUUAGCUUGUGGCGAGACUUCCAUCAGACAGGCGUGCUAGCCAAGGGGGAGGUGUUGGUUAGCCUGGUCCUGGUGCUUCUGGCCGCCACCAUAUCCAGCUCCAUGCGGGACUGUUUGAGGGGGAAACCCUUCCUGGGCCUCCUGGGGGUGUUGACCAUCUGCAUUGCCAACGUGACAGCCGCAGGGAUCUUUUUCAUAUCAGAUGGGAAAUUCAAUUCCACACUCCUGGGGAUUCCAUUCUUUGCUAUGGGUCAUGGAAGCAAAGGGGUGUUUGAGCUGCUGGCAGGCUGGAGGAGAACAAGGGAAAACCUGCCUUUUAAGGAGCGUGUCGCCGAUGCAUUUGCCGAUGUGAUGGUGUGCUACACGAUGACCAGCUCGCUCUACAUCAUCACGUUUGGCAUGGGAGCGAGCCCUUUCACCAAUAUUGAGUCAGUGAAGAUUUUCUGCCAGAGCAUGUGUGUCGCCAUCUUGGUCAACUACUUCUACGUUUUCUCAUUCUAUGGCUCCUGCUUGGUGUUCGCUGGGCAACUGGAGCAAAACCGCUACCACAGUGUAUUCUGCUGUAAAAUUCCCUCCGUGGAGUACUUGGACCGCCAGCCCACUUGGUUUAAAACCAUGAUGAGUGAUGGCCAUGACCUCUCUACACACCAUGACAGUGUCCCUUACCAGAACCACUUCAUCCAGCACUUCCUGCGUGAACACUACACAGAGUGGAUUACAAACACCUAUGUCAAGCCCUUUGUGGUUAUUCUCUAUCUCAUCUAUGCUUCUUUCUCAUUCAUGGGAUGUUUACAAAUCAGUGACGGUUCAAACAUUGUCAACCUUUUGGCGAGUAACUCUCCAAGUGUUUCAUAUGCACUGACUCAGCAGAAAUACUUCAGCAACUACAGCCCUGUGAUUGGGUUCUACAUUUAUGAGCCCAUUGAGUAUUGGAACUCGACAGUGCAAGAGCAUUUGAAGACACUUAGUCACGGCUUCAACAAGAUCUCUUGGAUUGACAACUUUUUCCACUACCUUCGGGUGGUGAAUGUGAGCGCAUCGACCAAGAGUGACUUCAUCAAUAUCCUCAAAGGCUCAUUCCUGCGGAGCCCUGAGUACCAGCACUUCACAGAGGACAUCAUAUUCUCCAAGAACCGUGAUACCAAUGAGUACGAUAUCAUUGCCUCGCGCAUGUAUUUGGUGGCACGGACAACAGAAAAGAAGCGCGAGGAGGUGGUGGAACUUCUAGAGAAGCUUCGCCCACUGAUGCUGAUUAACAGUAUCAAAUUCAUUGCUUUCAAUCCCACAUUUGUGUUCAUGGACCGCUACAGUUCCUCUGUCAUUUCUCCAAUCCUGACCUCAGGCUUUAGUGUACUCACCAUCCUUAUUCUUACUUUCUUCCUUGUCAUUAACCCCUUGGGGAACUUCUGGCUCAUCCUCACAGUUACGUCAGUGGAGCUGGGCGUCUUAGGUUUGAUGACUCUUUGGAAUGUCGGUAUGGACAGCAUCUCAAUCCUGUGCCUUAUUUAUACCCUAAACUUUGCCAUGGAUCACUGUGUACCACACCUAUAUACCUUUGUGCUGGCCACCGAGCACACAAGGACACAGUGCAUCAAAUUGGCACUGGAGGAGCACGGUGCGGCCAUCCUGCAGAACACAUCUUGCUUUGUGAUUGGGAUCAUACCUUUAGUGUUUGUGCCUUCCAAUCUGACCUACACACUGUUCAAGUGCUCGCUCCUCACAGCCGGCUGUACCGUGCUUCACUGCUUCAUCAUCCUGCCCGUCUUCCUCACCUUCUUCCCACCAUCUAAAAAGAGACACAAGAAAAAGAAACGGGCCAAGCGGAAAGAAAGGGAGCGGGAAAGAGAGAGGGAACGAGAAAGGGAGGAGAUCGAGUGCAUAGACGUUCGAGAGAAUCCUGAUCAUGUGACAAAUGUCUGAGUAGUUUGUCGUUUUCGCAGUGAAUGUUCGUUGGAUUAUAUAAUGUAAUAAGACAACUCUCAAGAUAAAGCGCAGUAAAGACGUCUGUCACCUGUGUGGUGAAGGGCUGCUUACCCCCGGCCAAUAGCAACUAAGCGGCCCAUAGUAGAGUGCAGUCCCAUUGGACAACCUUUCAGUAUAUGUCCUGACAGUGUCUUUCAUUGGUACCAACCACAGCAUAAUCAUAGUUCUACUACUAGGUACAGUAUAUGUGAAACUAGGUUAUCAGAACUGUACACAAAUUAUGAAUAUAUAGUAGAUUGCUCUAUUGAAAUAUUUGUAAGUCGGACUUUAUCUCCAGCGGCCCUUAUCUACACGAGUGAGGCGCAAAGCAGUCUGCUAACCCAAGAAGGCGCAAACAGGCUAGAGGAAAUGUAAUCAUUAAGAAGCUACCAAUACAUCAGGGGCGCUUCAUCCAUUGAAGAAAAUGAUACUGCGUUUCAUACACAAUGAGUGAAAAGGAUUUGCAUUCAUUUGUUUGUGCAUGUCAACGGAUGACUUGUCUGUUUUGCAUCAACUGAAAGGUUUGUGACCUCCAUAUGCUAACAACACCUAGCUUACAAUAGCUAGACUUUACCAGAAAACCAAAUCUCUUUCGCAACUUUUAUUAACAUCUUUUUCCCAAUUGAUUGGGCUUUGCCUACAUAAAAGCAAAAAUAAUGUGGAUUACAUUGUUCUUUUUCCUCCCUCCAAAUUGUAAAUUUUAGUGGGAAUUUUAUGAGGAAAAUAUGGGAUUUGGGAAGAUUUCUAAGAAAACAAACCAUCAAGCAAAAAGAUCAGUAUAAAUGUGUGUUAUGUUCUUCUCCACACUGUGACACUUGAACCUUCCAUAAACUCAAUCUGAGUUUAGUGCAAAUCAGUCAAAACCUUCAGUUCUUAAGUGCCAAAACGGUGAGCAACCUGGCUUCAGUUUGGAGGUGGUACUACAGUUCACAUCCGAUAAGGCUGCAACUUACUUUUGCAGAACAACAUUCCGAAGUUGCCCUUUUGCCAGGCCUCAUCAAAAUCUUAUAAGUGAGGCAUUGCAAUUCUUGGAUCAGAUAGCUGGCAAUUAGUAUGUAUGUUCGGGUCAUCAUUUAAAGGGGAAAUACAAGCUUUCCCGUGCUGAUAAAAUGUAAUGUCAAGAAACAUUGUUACAACAGAUUAUUUCAGCACAAAUUUAUAUUCUAAAACACAUCAGAUAUAAUGUUUUAGCUAGAUGCAGUCAUGCAUGGAUUCCAUUACUUUUCUUUUAUGUCACACGUUUUCCCAACAGAGUUGUUACAGAGUUCAGCCACAAAGUCCUCUUAAAAAAAAAUAUAUAUAUAUAUAUAUGUGCACAGACAUCGCAUUGAAUCACAUAGUCAUGCCUGUUAAGAUGUUUGAAUGAAAAACUAGGGCCUGACAACAUUUUGCCCCUGGAUAGAAAGUAAAAAAAAAAACAAAAAAAACAGGAAGUCAGACCAAAGAAGCGAAAACAUUCAAAAGUAUGAGCACAGUGGGGGCAAGUCUUUUAUUUUUUGCUGAAGAAUGCUUUGUUUGUCAUCAAAAGAUGAAUAUGAGACAAGACAGCAACCGUUAUUUUUUUAGGUAUUUACAGUUUUUGUUUUAAUCCACCCAUUUUCCAUGCGAGCAAAAGUAUAGGAACACGUAAAGUCAUAAGAUGGAGACUGAGGGUUGAGGCACAUUCAGGAGGGGUGAGCAUUAGAGCGGCCUCACCAGCUGCGAGUCUCCUCCGCGAAAGCCGGUUUGCAACACUUGAAUGUUUUUCCUCCUCCCCGCGCUUGUUUUUUUGUUUUGUUUUUCUGGGAGGAAUCGACAAGCGGAAUCCUCCGGCAAGCAAACAAACAAUUCCUAGGAAUCAAAUUACUGGGAAUAGGGGGGAAGAAACGGUUUUUCAAUUCCCAUCCCUACUUGGUAGACCAGUUGUUUGUUUUCCAGGAAAUUCUUAAUGAUUGCAUUGGCUAACGGCAAUGUUUUAUGCAACUGCUCUGAUUGAUCUUCAUUCUUUAAAAAUCAGACAAUGUGAUUUUCUGGAUUUUUUUUCUCAUUUUGUCUCUCAUAGGUUAGGUAUACCUAUGAUGAAAAUUACAGGCCUCUCUCACAUGGAGAAAACACAUGGAGACCACUGGGAACAAAAUACAGUAUAAAAUUGCUCAAUUGUAAAAGUGAGAUUGCUUUUUGUUUGUUUGUUUGUUUGUUUUUGCUUGGAUGUCCUCUCUGAUUGGUAAAUAAGAUAUAUUAUGAAUAGUCUUCUAGUUUUUCAGAAAAGGGUCAUUGCAAGACAAACUGUAUUAUUGCACAUAAAUCUUAGAAAUAAUACCCCGGAUAAUUGUCACAUUUAAAUCAAAAACAAGAAGUCUAAUUAGUAGUAUAAAUUGGUGUUUGUGAGCGGGAAAACAGGUGUAAUGCCAUAAGAACAAAAUAUUUUUUUAAGGAAAAAUAGUAUAAUAUUUUGAGGAUAAAAUUAGAAUGUUACAAGUCAAUAAAAAUGUAAUAUUGACAAUGAACUCAUAAAAAAGAGAGAUUCCACUGCAGGAGCAGUUUGUCACUUGCUUGAAGAUGAGGAAUGUGGAGGGUUGUCUUAGGUUGGUUUAAGAAAUACAUAAUUACUAGUGUUUUCCCACAUCAAUAUUAGAUUCUCAUCUGUAUCACAGUUUGUGUCCCAGUGAAAGAAAAAUCUACACUCUACACUCUUUUUUGAGUUAUUUAUAUCUUCAACUAGGAUUUUUUGGAAGUAAUAUUAAAGAGGAACUAAAUCAGAAUCUUCAUUAUUUGCCAAGAAUGUCAAAAACACACAAGAAAUUUGUCCCCUGUAGUUGCACCUGCUCUCGAUAAUAGACAGCCAUUUUGACAAUGAAUACUUUUGAGACAUAAAAUCAUCAAAACACACUGUUACUUAGCCUCUAGCAGUAUAAUAGCAAGAGGGAAGAGGUCUGCUGGUUUUAGUUUGCAUUGAUCGAUAGCGCCUACCUGAGGAAAGGAGCCGGAACAGCUGGUGACCAGGAUGUAGAGGGUCCAAGAGGAUUUUGCAUGCUCUUGUCUUAGUUCUGGCAUCGUGCAAGUCCUCAAGGGUGGGUAGGGGGGCCACCAACGAUUUUUCCGGCAGUCCCGAUUCUCCGUUGGACCAAACCAGAUUGUGUUGGAUGAUAACACAGGACUGAUUCGAUGACUGCUGUCUACAACUGCCUCAGCAGCUCCUGUGGCAGGCCGUGCUUUCUCAGAAGCCGCAGGAAGUACAUCUUCUGCUGGGCCUUUUUGAGGAUGGAGUUGAGGACUUCAGGUCCUUAGAGACUGCAAUUCCCAGGAACUUGAAGGUGCCCCCAAUUUUUUUUGUAACAAUAUGUUGUAUGUGUCAACACUCGUCUGAACAUGGCAUCCUCAUUGAUAUUACGUUGGUGGAAUAAGAAUUAAACCCAAACUUGUUCAAAUGUUGUUCAAACUAUCAUGUCAUCAACCUUUUAAGUUAUGCUAGUUAUCGUCGCAUACAUUGGUAGUGUACCUGUUUUCCGGGAUUGUUUACGUAAUGUUUACAACGCAAACAGUUGUGACGUUAAUUUCAGUCGACAGCAGAUGGCGAAUUGCUAAACAUGCAAACAUGACAGCCCCCUGAAAUGGAUGUAAAUUGAUGACUUAAUUCUCAUUCUAUGAACAUGAUAUUAAUCAGAAUACCAUGUUUAGACUUUUGGGGGCACAGACAUUCUUGAAAAAUAUUAUUUUUGUUUAGUAUCCCUUUAAUAUCUCUCAAGGGAGACUGACAAAUAUACGCUCACGUUAGAAAUACAAAAAUUUCUGGUGAAAUUAUGCCAUUAUUCUCACAGUCUAAUAACCAUUUGUUUUGAAAAUUCAGACAUUAUAAUAAUAUCGGCACUUUUUAAUUUCCUUAUAAAAUCAAGAUUUACUCUUGCAAUAAUGGUCAUAUUUGAAUUAAAACUUCUCACUUUCUCAACAUUAUGGAUUUAUACUUGUAAUUAGAUUUUUUUCCUUAUUUUUGAUAUCAUAAUUUUAUCUUGUUAUUCUUUCCCUUUUCAAUAUUCACGGCAAAUUCUUUCAGUUCAAUUCUUUCUUUCCUAAGAAACAAGCUUCUGGUCACAGGCCCCCAUAGACAGCACUUUUUCAAUGACAUCGUUCAAUGAGAUCGGAGGCUUGUCAGUGCAUAGUUUCAGGUUCGUCACGAAGGAGCUUUCCUUGCAGUGUCGAUGACAAACUGAAUGGUUCACACACAGACAGUCAUCUGCGUGUGGGUGUGUGAGAAUGUGUGUCUUGCAGAACGAUUGCACAGGUCAUGACGGAUCAACGUUGCACAGGACUGUGUGAACUUUGUGACGGUAUAGAAAGUUGUGUGCGAAUUUGAACAACUAUCGGUUUCUAGUUACAAAUGACAGCUCAGCUAUGGAAAAAGUUCUUCUGACAAGUCAUUGUCGAAGUCUCACUUCUACAUGUCAUCAAUCAGACUUUGCCCUACUUAGAAAAGAGCAGUAGCAGCAGUUGAACAGCAGGUGAUGGACGAGGUGUCACAUACGUAUAGCAAGAAGGCAUGAAGUGUUAAAAGGGGGAAGGCGACAAAUUGACUAUGUUUGCAUGGCACUGCAUUGUAUGUAUGCAUGUAUGGAACUUGGUUUAUAUUCUUUGCAAAAUCUUCUGACGUAUGUUUGUUCUUUCGAUGCAUAUUCUGUAACACCAUGAGCUGCGAAAAUAAGAAAAUGACUCAUGUAUGAGCCUAAAGAAGAUCCAGAGGAUAUUCCAAGUGUAAAAUAAAUGUACAAUACUAUUUUGUAUAUUUUCUAAGAAAAUAUAUAAUAUAGAAGGAUUUUUCUUGACAAGAUUUUCUUAAAAAAAAAUGGAAAUGGGAAAAACUUGAACACAGUAGACCAGUAAUAAACAGUGGGAAUGUUACCAGUAUACAUCUUAUUCCUUGCACAGUGCACUGUAAAUGUUGUUCAUUCACAUUUAAAUGGGACACAGUGGCCAACAUUUUCUUUGCUUGUCUUGACUCCUCCUUGUCCUCUAUGUGGGCUCAUUUUCACAUCUAAGGGAAUUACGGUACAGUACAUACAUGCAUAUGGAUUGAUAUGGUACAGAAAUGCCCAAACUGACACCAUCCAAUUAAUUGUCUCGCAGUUUGGCAGCAGUGCUAACCAGUGUGCACCAGGAGUUGCUGUCUUGCGACAGCGAAUCUCGUGUCUGUGCUGAUCUUUACAUUUACAUUUUUCUGAUUUCCCUUUUCAGGCGCUCCUUUGUUCACACCAGGCUGGACAUACAACACAUCGAGGUUACAGACAAUGCACGGACGUACUUACUGUAUUUCAUUGGACGGUUUUAUAUUGAAUGAGGUGUUAUUGGUUAUUGGUGUGUUAUAAAUAUUGACUGUAGUUAUGAAUUUGCGCAUAUGUUUGCCUCGCUAAUACAGAUGCUGCACAACAGUUCGCUCAGCGACAAGUGUGAACACACGAUGAAGAAUAAAGACACAGAUUAGCUUGACAUGAACUACUCUUCGUACCUGGUUAAAUUGAGAAUAUCAUCACUAGUCUUUAACUACCUACCGUAGUUAUACAGCUGCACAGUAUUUGCAAAACAUAAGGCAAUACAAUUAUGAAAACUGAAUUUUGCUCUUUUGUUUACAGUAUUUAUCUCUUAUUAGCACACAGGGAGGAACAGUGAUGACUUACAUUCAUCAAGGACAGACGGGAAUUAACCACAUUCAUCAAGUGCUUUACACAGAUGUAAAACAACUUCAGAAUAAAGUAAUAUUCAUCCAAAUAUUUGAAAUAUAACAAGGUGUCUCGUUCCGUAUAUAGGUUACUGUAUACUCCAGUGGCAGGCGGUACAUUUUAUAGAAACUUAAAUGCACACUUAGUUAUUCCUCUUACUAGUCUGACAGUUAUGAAGUGUCGGUUUGUCAAUGUCGAUGUUCGAUGUCCGCUUCAGAUGGAGGGAAAGUCAGUAUUCACUUCCAGGUGGAAGCUGGCUCGGUUGGCUGUAUUGAACUGGAAAAGGUCUAAAGGCGCAUAUUAAAAAUGAAAAAGGACAAAAUCCAGUGGUUGGACGUUAAACUGCAGCGUUAAUGCGGCAAAAUUAGCUAACCAAAGGAUGGAAAACAUCUGAUAAACGAUUUACCGGUAUCUUAAAUUCACCGUCCUUCGCUGUCAAAACCCUUUGUGACUUUUACUUUCGACAAUAAUGUUUUUUAAAUACAAAUCGGACAUUUUGCAUCAACAGAAUAAUUGUUUUUGAGGAAAUAAAGCAUAACUUUUGAAAAAUACAAGGAAUAACUAAGCUUUAUUCAACAUAAUGAGUGUUCCAUUGUUAUAUUAAGAACAGAAUAAAUUGGCAGAAUCAGAUUGCAAUUGGUAC